ACCCACACAGGGGAAAAACCUUUUGAAUGUUUAGUGUGUGGAAAGAGAUUCAGUGGGAGUGGCCAUCUUCAACAGCAUCAGAGAACCCACACAAAGGAGAAGCCCUUUGAAUGCUCAGUGUGUGGAAAGAGAUUCAGUCAGAGUGUCAGUCUUCAACAUCAUCAGAAAACCCACACAGGGGAGAAGCCAUUUGAAUGCUUGGAGUGUGGAAAGACGUUUAGUAUGAGUAGCAGUCUUCAAGAGCAUCAGAGAACCCACACAGGGGAGAAGCCUUUUGAAUGCUCCGAGUGUGGAAAGAGAUUCAGUCAGAGUGGCAAUCUUCAAAAGCAUCAGAGAACUCACACAGGAGAGAAACCUUUUGGAUGCUCCCAGUGUGGAAGGAGAUUCAGUCGGAAUGACAAUCUUCAAGAGCAUCAGAGAACCCAUACAGGGGAGAAGCCUUUUGAAUGCUCAGAGUGUGGAAAGAGAUUCAGUCAGAGUGGCAAUCUUCAAAAGCAUCAGAGAACUCACACAGGAGAGAAACCUUUUGGAUGCUCCCAGUGUGGAAGGAGAUUCAGUCGGAAUGACAAUCUUCAAGAGCAUCAGAGAACCCAUACAGGGGAGAAGCCUUUUGAAUGCUCAGAGUGUGGAAAGAGAUUCAGUCAGAGUGGCAAUCUUCAAAAGCAUCAGAGAACUCACACAGGAGAGAAACCUUUUGGAUGCUCCGAGUGUGGGAAGAGAUUCAGUCGGAGUGACAAUCUUCAAGCGCAUCAGAGAACCCAC